CAUUGCUGAGCAGCAUUUGAAGUUCCUCUCCUUGUUUCAACAGCCAACUCAGCAAGCCUUAGCGAUGUGCCCACAGCCGGCAUCCCUUUAUCCUGAAGUGUAAUUGAUUGAGGUCUGCUACUACUUGCGGCAAUAGAAGGUCCCCCAAGAAGGCAAAGAAGAGGGCAGAGGGAGCGAAUUCCAAUGUCUUCUCUAUGUUUGAACAAGCACAGAUCCAGGAGUUCAAGGAGGCUUUCACCAUCAUGGAUCAGAACAGAGACGGCUUCAUCGACAAGUCAGACCUCAGGGAUACCUUCGCAGCUCUGGGGCGUGUGAAUGUAAAGCAGGAGGAGAUUGAUGAGAUGUUGAAAGAGGCUCCCGGACCAGUCAACUUCACAGUCUUUUUAACCAUGUUCGGAGAAAAACUGAAAGGUGCGGAUCCAGAGGAGACCAUUCUGAACGCGUUCAAAGUCUUUGACCCCGAGGCUACAGGCAUUCUCAAGAAAGACUACGUCACGGAAAUGCUGACGACACAGGCGGAUAGGUUCUCAGCUGAGGAGAUGGAGCAGAUGUUCGUUGCCUUCCCCCCAGAUGUGGCUGGAAACCUUGACUACAAGAACCUGGUUUACAUCAUCACCCACGGAGAGGACAAGGACCAGGAGUAGAGCUGUCUCUCCAUUCUGUGCCCUGCUCUCUGCUCUCUCAGCUGUGUCUGUUCUGUGAGCGAUGUCUGUUUCCAUUGAGAUCCACCUGCUUCAGUUAGCCCCCCCCCCCAGUCUGCAGUGUGUAGAAUCCCCUUUAUUGUUGCUGCUUACUCUAAUGUCACUCUCUUUAAUGACAUUUACUAUUGUGAUGACCUGUGUCCUGACUCCAUGCUGUUUAACUCCUACAAGAUGAGUGAAUGCUUACUUUGCUGUAUCUGGCAAUUCACAAACAAAUGUGUAAAAUACAUGAAUAAACUUGGCAUUUUUCGUACAUGUCA